AUGGCUUGGUGGCAAGGAAUUGCAACAGUUGUAGCAGCCAACUUAAUACUAUUAGUCCCAUUGGUCCUCACUGGUCAUCCAGGGACAAAAUAUGGGAUCUCUUUCCCAGUUUUAGCUCGUUCCUCAUUUGGUAUUUAUGGUGCUCAUAUUCCCACUCUUCUUAGAGCCUUGGUUGGUUGUGGUUGGUAUGGAAUUGAGACUUGGAUUGGUGGUGAAGCCAUUUUCAUUUUGCUUCCAAAUUCAAUCAAACAGUCCUCUUUGUCUCAGGUCUUACCUUGGCUUGGCACAUCACCAUUGGAAUUUGGUUGUUUUAUUGUGUUUUGGCUUGCCCAAUUGGCCAUUGUUUGGAAAGGAAUGGAUGGAAUUAGGGAACUUGAGAAAUACUCAGCUCCAGUUCUCAUCGCACUCACUUCCUGCCUUCUCAUUUGGGCUUAUGUCAAAGCUGGUGGUUUCAGCCACAUGCUUUCCUUGUCCUCUAGGCUCACCUCCAAGCAAUUUUGGUCCCUCUUUUUCCCCUCCUUAACUGCUAAUAUAAGCUUUUGGGCUACUCUUGCUCUUAACAUACCAGAUUUCACCAGAUAUGCCAAGAGCCAGACUGACCAAAUCAUCGGUCAAGCCGGGCUACCAAUCUUCAUGGGAGCAUUCACAUUUGUUGGCCUAGCUGUAACCUGCUCGACAGAAGUGAUUUUCGGGCGUGUCAUUUCGAAUCCGAUUCAACUUCUCGGGCAAAUUGGAGGGUUCACAACGAUCAUCCUAGCCAUUUUUGGUGUUAGCCUUGCCACCCUCACAACCAACAUUGCAGCCAAUGUUGUGGCCCCUGCAAACGCUCUUGUGAAUCUCAGCCCUUCGAAGUUCACCUUCAGAAGAGGAGCUAUUCUCACAGCUUUGCUUGGAAUUGCAUUUCAGCCAUGGAGGCUUCUCAAGUCAAGUGAGAGCUUUGUGUACACAUGGCUAGUUGGAUACUCUGCUCUGUUGGGUCCAAUUGGAGGCAUAAUUCUAGCAGAUUACUAUCUUAUCCAUAAGAAAAACCUAAGCAUGAAGGACUUGUACUCAGUAAGUCCUUUUGGGGACUAUUAUUAUUCAGGAGGCUACAAUUUGGCAGCAAUGGCAGCUCUUGUUGUUGGGAUUUUGCCUGUGGUUCCAGGCUUCUUGCAAAAAAUUGGUCUUGUUUCUUCAAUAUCAGAUGCUUAUGUGAUCAUCUACAACAAUGCCUGGUUUUUCAGCUUUUUCUCUGCCGGUUUGCUCUACUGGCUUCUGUCAAGUUUGACAAGAAAACAGAACUCUCUGCCUACAGAAGAACCCCUCUUGCCUCCUGCAAACUAA